UUAUCCCUCAUUUACAAUCCCAAACACCCGUCAACUCCCCACCUCCCUCCUUCUUCCUUCUGCUCCAUUAAACCUGCAAAAAAAAAAGUCGUUAUCGAAAGAACCUAAUCGAAGCAAAAGGAGACAAGGUCAUACUUUAAAGUCGAAAUGGUGUACGUAAUGUGGCAAAUCAUACCAAAAAAUGAAGUUGUCGACGUAUCAUCCUUAUAUGCGGGUGCACCCACAUGGUUUAGUAUUAAGCUUCAUCAUGGUGGGAAGUUUACUAAGUUACCUGACAUAAAGUAUACUGGAGGUGAAGUGCGUUAUGUUGAUUAUGUGGACAUAGAUGAGUUUUCUGUACAUGAACUUGAUGCCAUAAUGCUUGACCUAGGUUACCCAGACCCACGGAUGAUUGAAUUGAGUGUUGAAUCCCCAGUGAUAUACUACCAUUUCAGGAUACCCAAUGGUGACUUUCAAUUUGGUCUUAGAGCUUUAGGGAAUGAUCAGGAUGUUAUCAAUCUUUCUAAAUUUAUUCAAAAUAACAAGUUGAUUGAAGUGUACACAGAACAUGGGAAGACAAAUCUACUCACAUACUUCAUGUCUCCAAAUGCAAAGGGUAAAGUUGUCAUUGAGGAAUUACCAGAAAAUGAUGAUCAAAGGGCUAAAUAUGAGGCUGAAGUUCAUGUAGAAUCUCCAUUGAGAAAUAUGAACCAUGUCAAUGAUGAACCAAUUGGUGAGUACAUGUCUUUGAUUCUUUUUGGGAGUAAAACUGAUGCAUUCUCUCCAGAGUAUAGAAGGGGUAGAGUUGGGAAUUCAAAAAGAGAGGAAGGUUCUUGUAGCAAGAGGCUUAAUUUAGAGGAUAUUGAUGAUUUAAAAGAGAAGGAAAACACUAAUGAGGAUGAGAUGAUUGAUGGAUGCUACAACACCCCACCCAUUAAUGAUGAUGAACAAUAUAAUGAACUUUUUGACAACCUUAUGGAAAAUUUAAAUGGAAGUGAUGAGUAUGUUGAAGAGUAUGAAGGGGAUGUUGAAUCUGAAGAGAGUGAUGAAGAGUAUGAAAAGGAUGAAGGUGAUGAUCAUGAUGGGAAACAAUCAGAAAAUGAAGAUAAAGUGGAUGACAUAAUGGAUGAGGAGAACAAUAUAGAAGAUGUUGAUGUGGACAUGGCAGACUUCUUUGUAAAUGUUGAAAGUGAUGUUGAAGGAGCAUGUAUUAAUGAUGGUCAUGAACCUGAAGAUAUGGAAGUGAUCAACAAUGAGGAGUAUCAAGUCACUGCAGCAUUGCAAGAUCAACAUGUGGUGGAUGUUAGGAACCAAACUUGUACUUGCAGAAAGUGGGAAUUAAUGGGAAUACCUUGCAGGCAUGCAAUUGCAACUCUGAAUGAAAUGAGCAAAGACCCUGAGGCUGAGCUUGACAUUUACAAGUGGGUACACAAGGUGUAUUGGCUAGAGACAUGGCAAAAAGCUUAUUCAUUUAAGGUGGAACCAAUUAAAGGGAGACCCAUGUGGCCUAAAAGUAAUUGUCCAACAAAGCUAAUCCCUCCUCCACAUCACACUCAGGUGGGAAGGCCUAAGAAAAAAAGAAGACAAAGUGAGGGUGAAAGGUUAAGCAAAAGGCAGAAGGCAAGUGCAGGUGAUGGAGUCAAUGAGAUGCAAGGAGAAAAUUCCCAAGGGCCAAGAAAUGAUGGAGUGCAGAAGCUAUCAAGGAAACAUGUUAGUGUUACUUGUAGCAAAUGCAAGAAUAAAGGACACAACUCUAGGACCUGUAAAGGGCAAGGAGGGAAUCAAUCUAAGAAGUGA